UUAACUUUAAUUGGUUGACUUUUGGAAAAGCAUGGUGCGAAGAAUGGUUUAUCUUUUUUUAUAGAUGGUGGCCAUUGACUCACAAAACCCUGUAAACAUUAUUAGCUAUUAAUAGCUCCUAUUCUAGAUUACCCUCAAGACCUUGACAGUGAGAUCUUACUGCUCAAGACCCUUCAAACUUGAGUCAUAGGGAGAGGAGACAUUGAGGUGGAACUGACAUGGAAACUUCAUUCAUCCUGGCUAACAUUCCUAGUGCUACAAAGUGCUAUGCUUAAUGCUAGAGAAGAAACACAAGCCCUAAGUUUAAUCAUCUGUGAGCACAGUGAGCCGCAGUAAUACCAGGCUUGACAGGAAAUGCCCACCACGUGCUAGUGGCAUGAAUGUCGUGGGGAUAACUACUCACUCUCUCAUUUGGUUUAAGACUUACUCUGGGACAUGAAACACUGACUUGACGUGGCUACUGUGGCCAUACUGAGUUUGCUUUGUUGUCAUUGAAUAUUUUACUGUUAUGUUUACAUGAAGAUGUUUAAAAAGGAGAUUCAUCCAGGUAUAGAAGGAUAUGACAAGAUUUCUAUGACUUACCAGAGAAACCAUAGGAACCCAAAGCUCAAAGAGUCAAUAAAAAACAAUAUUUAUACAUAUCUGUAUAUGUAAUUUGAGGCAUGUCAGGCCUAUCCAAGAAACGAAGAAAACCAGGAGAGACUAAGGAACAGGUCUGUAUACAUGUACAGUACAUUCUGAUGAUAUCCCAUAUCUAUUAAGACCUCAAUCCCUCUCUCACCAUAUAGCAAAGAGAGAAAUGAGUGACCAUUAUCAAACUUCUUUAUUAAAGAACAGGACUAAAAUAGUACCACAUAGGAAAACUUGUAUUCCCACCACUUGUGACAUUGAGACAGGGGAAUCAAGAGUUUAAGGCCAGCCUUAGAUGCAGACUAGGUUCCAAGCUAACCUGAGCUAAAUGAAAAUCCAUUUUGAAAAAAUUAAAAUAAUAAUAGGCCUACUUAGUCAUCUUUUAUAACUGGGGAAAAAAAGAGGCAGUAAAUUUCAAAGUCAAGGAAGCCCUUAAAGCUAAAGGAAGCUUAAAGGAAGCAGGGUCUAUUUUUUAACACUGAGAUAAGAGAGACGUCAUAGCUGUUCUUCAGUAUGAGAGCUUUCUCUAAGACCUUGCUGGAUUCUUCACCUAGUUUCGUGGGUUGUGUGUGUGUGUGUGUGUGUGUGUGUGUGUGUGUGUGUGUGUGUGUGUGUGUGUUGUCGUUUGAUUCACAGAAGGAAGUAGGGAGAAAGGACAUCCAUCCAUCUCUUACUUUCUUACUUCCUUUAGGAUGGACUCUAAAUAAUGAGAUUUUUAGUAAGUCGAUAAAAAUUCUUGAGCCGUUUCCAAGCCUGGCCUGGGAACUCUGUACUUAAAGGCCAGAACUGAAGCUAUAGAUUAUUGACUGCCAGAGUUUUUUUUUUUUUUAAUUAAAGGGGAAGUAUAAUACGUACUGCCUACCCGCAACACCAACCACCUUUAAAACACACAUAACUGCCGAAGUCACAGACACAAGAGAGAACAGGUAUACUUUGACAUUGAAGCACUUUAAAAAGCUAACAGCAUGAACAACUUCAGAAGCCACAGUUUGGGGACGUAUUCUAACCAGGCUUUUUCAUGACUGAGACUCAAUUUCUCUUCACAAUCCGGAACUUUGUCAGUUCUUCAGAUUAGAUGACAUCCAUACCAGCAACGGUGACUCACACCACCUUCACGAAGUCCAUAAUCCCAGGCCUGGACUCUUUGAUUAUCGUGGCAUCCCCUCGGGCACUGAUCCGGCCUCUGGGCCUUCUCCGGCUGCUGCAGUUGGCAUCUACAUGCACAGCUUUCUCGCUAGUGAUUUAUGUGGGUGCCUGGAUGGGCCCCAUGGGAAGCUGGUGCCUGUUCUCCUGGUGCUUCAGCUUCGCCAUGACAGUGAUCGUCCUGGCCGUGGAGAUGGCUGGACUCCAGAGAAGCUUGCCACUGUCAUGGCGGGAGUUCCCCAUCACGUGUGCCUGCUAUGCUGUACUCUUCUGUUUGUCAUCUUCCAUCAUCUAUCCUAUCACCUAUGUGCGAUUCAUGUCUUAUGGAUACAUCAGAAAAUAUGCUGUCUGCGCCAUUAUAUUCUCGUGCAUCUCCUGUGUGGCUUAUGCGACAGAGGUGACCUGGACUCAUUCAAGGCCUGGAGAUAUCACUGGCUACAUGGCCUCUAAGACUGGGAUGCUAAAGGUUUUUGAGUCCUUCGUAGCUUGUAUCAUUUUUCUCUUCCUCAACAACCCACACCUGUACACGCAGGAACCUGUCCUGCAGUGGUGUCUGUCCGUGUAUAUCAUUUGCUUCAUCCUAACCAUGGUGGUUAUCCUACUCUACCUUGGGAAAUGCACCAAAAAUCUGCUCAUCCCGCUCUCCACCUUCUUGACAGGCAUGACUUUCUUGUGUGUCCUCCUGUACACCACCGCCAUUGUCCUUUGGCCUCUCUACAAGUUCAGUGAAGGGUUUCAUGGUGUACCCAAUCGAGUAAUGGAUUCGAGCUGCAAUUAUAAACAUGCCCACUCAGUGUGUGUCUGGGACCGCCAAGUGGCAGUGGCGUUCUUGACUGGAGUCAACCUCGUAGCAUAUACAGCUGACUUUAUGUACACUAGUUAGCUGGUGUACAUUGAAAUUCUAAGAUUCACAUAAGGAAUCCCUUGCCAUGUCCCUACGGCCACACUUUCAUUUUUCUUGCUGUCUUUUUCCUCUCCCAUUUUCCUUAGACCUGGUUCAUUGUUCUCUUUCCUGCUUAUGUUCCUUCCCUUUCCCUUGUUCUAGCUUGUUUUCCUUUUCACCAUUUCCUGAUUUGCCCCUGAGCUGUGUCUUCAUAGCCCUUGUCUUUAACAUUUUUGUUUAUCCAAUCUAUAUUUUUCUAUUAGUUUUCUCAUUUUUUAAAAAAAUUUCUUGGUCACUUUCUUUUCUUUCCUGGAAGAUGUCACUCAGACUUCUUGCUCAUUUAUUCACAAUUUCCACCCUUAAAUGUGCUGACUGCUCACAUCUCAGGCUCCUCUGCUGCUCUUUGUGCCAUGACCUGAGAAGGAGCUCUUGCCAGUCCAUGAUGAAAUGUUGUUUUAAAUGUCUGAGUUUCUUCUUUCAACACUGUUAUUUUUACCUCAUAUGUGCCAUGUUUCCCAAGUUACUCCUUAAUUUUUAUUUCUAAGCCAAAACAUUAUCGCAUGUCAGUUACUAUCUGAAAUCCGUUUUUGCUUGACUAAUUACCACUGAAUGGGCUUGAUGCUAGAUCUAAUAGUCCAAGUCUUACUGAUUCCACAUAUGCAAUACUAAAGAAUGUUUUACUUCAUAUGCUUAACUGACCAGUGUUAUCUAUGUCUACUACACAGAAACUACCUAAUAAAUAUAUAUAUCAAAUUGGUUAUUAUAGAAAUCCAACAUAUAUCAACCAUCCCAUUUAUGUAAGCACAAAGCUGAUAAGAGCUUCUAUUAAAAAUCCUAUAAACUUUUGACCUACUUUAAGAAA